AUGUCUGAGUUUGGAGUAGAAAAAAAGGUUUACUGCAAGAUCGUGGGAGGAAAAAGGUGGCUCAUGUCCAAAAGCCCUAACUCCCCUAAGAGUAUCAGGAUAUUUAAAGGCCAGGUCCUCAGUGAAGACCACGGCCAUACUGGUGGCCGUGACUUGCCUGACCAUCACAGCACCAUGUCCACUGGGGUCACACACCCAAACCUGGAUGACUGGAACACAGUGUGCUGCUUCUUCCGCCUGCCACAGCUCUUCUCCACCUGCGUGGCCUUCUCCCUGGUGGCCGACAUGGGCAUUUGGAGAGGGAACAUAGGCAACUGGUCCAUGUCCAUCUGGUGCUUCUGUUUUGCUGUGACAUUCAUAAUAGUCACAGUCAAGUUUUUUGAUUUCGAAUCACACUUUCCUCUCUUCUGGUACAACUUCUCCAUCACCUACGCCUGCUAUUCCGCCAUCCUCUGCCUCUUGGCCUCCGUCAUCUACUGCGUCACCCACGUCCAGUUCCUGCCUGAUGGACCUCUCCGGGACCGGGCCACCGCAGCCACUAUAUUAUCCUGUAUCGCUUCUGCAUUUUAUGCCAUAGAUGCCUUUGUGUGGAACUACUAUUGGCCGGAAGAUAUCCCCUGCUAUGUGUACACAUUACCUGCCCUGCUGAAGGUGCUGGAGACCUUCGUGGCUGGUGUCAUCUUUGUCUUCCUCAGCAACACCUCCCUGUACCUGCACCAGCCGGCCUUGGAGUGGUGCGUGGCCGUGUACUCCAUCUGCUUCAUCCCAACAGCACUAGCUAUGCUGCUAAAACUGGGUGACUGGGAGAACAUACUGCCUGUCCCCUUCCCCAUCUUCCAGUUGGGGCUAACCUUGCUCUCCGUCCUCCUCUACAUCAGCGCUCUGGUCCUCUGGUUGCUCUACCAAUUCUAUGAGGAAUUCGGCGGGCAGCCCCAGUGGUCCAGUGAUAUCAGCUGUAUCGAUGACCUCAUAUGCACCUGGAUCCAGCGACUGGCUGUGGCCGUCCUGACAGCCAUUAACCUAUUGAUUUAUGUGGCUGACUUGGUGUACUGGGCCCGCCAGGUUUCUAUAGGGACUGAGGACCAGCCCAGGGACUUCUGA